GCAAAAGUGGCAAGAGCAAACAAAGCACGAGCAGAAGCGGUGGCAGCAGCUGUUAGUUCGAGUACUCACUAAGCGCUUGAUCGCAUUUGCCGGUGGUCUACACUUUAUUUACUUCACAACGCGCAAUCAGUCGCAUUUUGUUGCCGAAAUCGAAAAGUUGUGCGAACAAUCUAGUUGAGCUAUAUAAACGAUAAGAGCAUGGAAAUUUUGCCAUGAACAUGGCGCGUGUAAGGUGUAGUGAAGCGGGUGGCAAAUGGAAAGAGUAUGAGUUAAAGGAAAAAGUGUAUUCUGGUUAUACUCCAUAUCAAUGAAAAAGUGAACUUAAGAAAGAAUAAGAAUAAGCGAAAAUCCAAACCAAACAAAGUGCUGUGAAGUGUUUUGAGUAAAUCUGAGCGCAAGUGAUUUGAAACUGUUGCAACAAUUUUGAGAGUUAGCUGAAUUUCGUUUUUUGUUUGGCUUUUAUAAAGUGAAAAAGAAGCGCACACAUACAAAAUGAGUAAAAAAAUGUGGAAUAAAAUUUUCAAAUCGUCCAAAACGACGAAAAAUUCCAAAUUAUCCGCAGCGACUGUGGUCAAAGCGAACAAGCGCUGCAGCAUUUACGACGAAUAUCAGCAGCUGACGGGCCCAGCUGGGCAAGCGGAAGCCGCAAAGAAGCCAAAAAAGCUGACAAAAGGCAAGGAGCGUGAAGCUAAGCAGCCGCAGGAAGAGGAGCAGCAAUGGGAGCAGAGAAAAAUGUUGCCGCAACAUGAGGCGUGCGCAGCUGAAGCGGAUGUUGCAAGCGGUAAUCGGGCAACAACAACAAAUAUGGCGGAAUUUAGCGCAUCAGCAGAAACGGCAAACGAUGGCCAGACUAGCGCGAACGAUUACAAAAUAGUGCAAGCGCUUGCGAGCCGUCAGCCUGAGCAGACAUUACCAUCGCUAGCAGGCAGCCGCGAAGCAGAAGCGACAGGUGCCAACGACCAGCUAAUUGGCAAUAAAAAUAACUGCAACUCGGACGGCAGUGGUGCGCUCGCCAAACAGCAGUCCACAUUUGCCAAAGUGGUUAGCAGUUUUUCGCUUAAGCGCAGUCACAAUGCGAGUGCGCAAAAACAACAACAACAAAAGCAGCAGCAACAACAACAAACAACGCUUAGCCAAAAGGGAAACGGAAAUGUCAAUGCUGCGGGCAAAUUGCCAAAGAGUGAGUUUUUUCAGCAUGAUACGCCUACUAACCAGCAAGAACAACAACAAAAGCAGUCGCAGCAGCAACAGUGUAGCAGUCAUGCGUUGCAAAGGCGGCGGUGGCCGCCGCAACAACAACAGCAUGAAGAAGAAGGAGGCGUAGCAGGCGAAAAAGAGGACAAAGCAGCAGCAACGAAUAUAAAAGAGCAGCAACAACAACAACAACAAGAGCGCCGCUCAUCACAAGUACUGAUUGUUAUUAAACAAAUUGUGACAAUGGCUAUGCCAAAAAUGGUGUCUGCAACAACAGCAACAACAAUAGCGCCAUCGAUUGUUGCGCACAACAGCUGCAUUACAGCUGCUGUCACUGAACCUCCACAAUGUGUCCUCAAUGGCGAUGGUGUUGGCCAUGACAGCAUCGCCCCGACCGUCGCCACCGCCGCCAAGCGAAUGCAUUCAAGUGCAACGCAUGACAAUGUUUCCAUUUUAGCAGCCGCUAGUACUGCUGCAACAACAACAGCUACUACCAUUACUACUACUACUACUACUACUUUUACUACUACCAAUUCUACUAACACGCGCAUGCCGCCCGACGCUGUGCAUUUUGAAAAAAAUAACAGCAACACAAUUGCGAACUCGGCGGAUCCCUAUCUGGAUGCACCCUCCGAAUUGGCGCCGUGCCCCGUCUGUCGGCGCACCUUCAAUCCGGUUACGCUGCAGAAACAUGUGGGCAUCUGCGAAAAAAUGGCGGCCAAGAAGCGCAAUAUCUUCGAUUCCUCACGACAGCGACGCGAAGGCACCGAACUGGCUAGCUAUCCGCUGCCGAAAAAUUUCGGCUUGCCAGCGGCAAAACAGGAGCCGCGCGGACAAUCACCGAAGCCGCUGCAGCACAUUGCCUCCCCCAUACUGACGCGUAAGAAGUCGAGCGGCGGUGAGGAUUUGGUGCGCAGCACAGCGCGCGCCUCCAUGCGGAAAUUGGCAGCAAGCGUCGGCACUGCAAACAGACAGUCGCCCAGCGCUCACAGUGCAGCAGCAACAAACGCCGGUGGUGGCGCCUCUAAUCACACUACACCCAACAGUCAAAUGAUCGCAUCGACAUCGUCGACCACAUCGCUUCCCGGCGCUGGCAGCUUUACACGCGAUCGCAUGCGCUCGUCCGACCGUUCACUGGCCAAGCGCAUACAGCCACCGCCGGCCGAACAGUGUCCACAUUGUGAGCGCUGUUUUGGCCCGAAGGCCUACGAUCGCCAUGUGGAGUGGUGCAAGGAGAAGGCGCUGCAGGCGUCUAUCAAACAUACGACAAAAGGCGAACAAAACUUGGCCAAAGAGCGACUGGAGGCGCGCACCAAAUACCGGGCGCCAUGUCUCAAAACAAAGCGUUCGAUUAAUCGUGACAAAUACGCGGGCUUGGCUGGCGAUGAGUACGAAAUCGGCGAUAGUCUAAAAACCGGAUACGGCAGCCAUAACAACAGUAGCAGCAACAAUAACACAAACAACAAUACAAUACAAAACUGUGAAGGUAGCAACGAUAACAACAGCAACAACAAUAAUAACAGCAGCGGCAACAAUAACGCUAACGGCAUUAUGUCGCUAUCGAUGACAUCUUCGGUAACCAGUGAAAGCGGUCUGCCGUCCGACAAAUACGAUCCUUUCCUCUCGGCUAAGCGUCAACUGGAGGAGCUUUGCUCAUCCUCUCCACCAAAUAAUCCCUCCUUUUCCUCAAAUCUCCCGAAAACUUCCACACAAACUCCUUCGGCACCAGCUGGUUUGCCCGCUAAAAUGUCCACUUCACUCACACUCAGCACUUUCACGCCCAACUCUAGUCCAUUGACGACCAACUCACAGAACCAACGCACGCCGACGAUACCUUCUGCGACUACUAACAAAACGCCAUCGAACUUUCGACGUACAUCUUCACUGCGCGGUCCGCGUCGUUCGCCGAUGCUUUCAUCACGCCCACUGUUCGCCCAAAAUCAUCGUCCUACCAUACAACGUGGUCUCUCUGAUGAAGGUCCAAUCUCUACGAAUUUUCUUAAACCGGAGGAAUACGAUGAGAUGCCUGUACGUUCGGUGUGCGUGAACGAUUAUGCGGUGACGAAGAGUCCACGGGUCGCACGUCGCGAUAAUAGCCUCUCGAAUCGCAAACAAAGUCUCAAACUCAAUGUUCAAGGCGCGGCGACAUCAGCAACCCCAGCGAAUUCUAAUACGAAUACGCCCAAUUGUACGACUAUGUUGGGCGUAAACAGCUCCGAUGAACUAAUGCACUCGGCUGCCAAAUAUCUCUCGAAAACCGACUCACUAGCAGCUUUCCUCAAGUACGAAAAAGAAUUGGAGAAACUCAAUGCACAGGCGACGCUAGAUUCCGCUAACGCUAACGCAAGCGCCAAUAAGCCAACAGUCGAGCAAAGCGCGUCCAACUCGCCAGCCGUGAAUCUCCACAAUCCCGUCAUAACUAAGGAAUUCAAAGAGAAAAGCAACACUCUAAGCAAGCAAAACUCUGCUAAGAGCAUCAAGGCAGAAGAUAUCGAACCUCCGGCACCAACUACAGGCGAUGUGGAGCAGAAUCAAUCCCGCCAACACCUGCCAACUCCAGUGGCAAACACACCAUCUACGCCUGAAGUUUGCCGAUAUGAAAAGGAGUAUCCCAACUCGCAAAAGACACAGCCUCUCCGAUUGGAGCGCAUAACAUUGCCUCAGGCCAGCUCGACGCCGAUAACAAAAAAGCAGGAUACAAGGGCUUCUGUACAGGCCACGCCUACACAGUUGCCCAUUGUGAACCAACCAGUUAACUUGAAUGCGCUCCUUAGCGAAUCCACCAAGCCUCCACUAUCUAUAUCACUUAGCGCCUUCAGCAAUGAUACUAAGAACGCUUCGGGAAGUGAAUACAUUGAUCCUAAAUUAAUUAAUAAAUGUGAUAACCUGCCUGUUAAUCUGAACUCUGUGCGCACACUAAAAUCCAUUGGCGAUGGCAAUGCAGAACGACGGCUGGACUUCUCUUCCUCCUCAUCGGAGUGCUCUGCGCCACAGACCGGCCCGAUAUCGCAACUAACCAAGCUGCUACCACUCACAAAAUCAGCUGAAGUAAAAGAUUUAUCGACACAAACAACAGCUGCGAUGACUACUGCCAGCCAGGCUAUGGACAUUCCCACUCGCCCGUCGACUGCUGACGAAGCACAACCAAAUGCGCAUCCGACGCUUAGUCAACGCAGCUCAGCUGAGGGUAGGAAUUUAUUGAAUCGUAAGAAGCGCCUCGGACGCAAUCACUUCCUCUACGAUGCCUCGCCCGAGGCAGAUGAUUCCUGUUCAGCUGACGAUGAAGCCAAUCGUUCAUCGGUUGAGUAUUAUGAAUCCAAGUAUCGUUCGUCGUAUCAGCAGCAGCAGCAACAGGAACCGCAAACGUGUUUCGUGAACGCGCGCGGGCAAUCUGCACCACUAAAGACGCCUCCCAACGUACCGCCUUUACCAAUCUUCGACGACUUUGACUUUGAGGAAUUUCUCUCGUCAUUCGAGAAUGACGAUGAGCAAUUUCCUCUCUUUAAGGACUGUAGAGAGUUUCUCUUGAAUCGCACGUCGAAUAAACAACGUUCGACGGUGACGCCGAAUUCAAUGUAUACACAGAAUAACAACAAUAACAAUACCAACCACUCUCAAAAUCAUGCAGCACAAACAACAGACUACAACAACAGCAAUAACCACUUUCAAUUUCCAAAUCUCGCCUCAUCCAACAAACACAGCCACCCCACGCUCCUACUAACUCCUUCUUCCCACAGAUCCUGUGACGAAUCACGCCCAAAGAGCAAACAACCCUCACCCACAUCUGACAGAUACGAAGAUCUAAGCCGCGUUACUGCGCAGAACGCCGUCUAUGGCGACAGUGUGAUCAACAAGCGACACUCCGAUUCAGAGCACAAGAAACGCGAGAUCUUCAUCAGCAUCGAGACGGAGCCGAACGAACAUGGUCGCUCACCCAUUUCACCAGACUCGCUGCGCAACAUGGUCGGUAAUCCACAAACUAUGGUCGAGGUUGAAGUCGAUGGCUGCGAUAAUAAGUUUAGCAAAAUUAGCGAUGAUGAUGAGCAGUUAAAAGGUCACGUCGAAGAUAUGAUGUUGCGCUGCACUCCUUUCAACAGGGGUAAUCACUUGCCCAACGUGCAGCUGAACAAUGCCAAGAAUUUAAUACAGCGCAUGCAAGAUGACUUUCGACAAAUGAGCGAAGAAGUGGGCGCCAAUAUACGCCAAGCAAUGACCGGUCUCAAUUCAGUCAAUUCAGCAGCUGGCAAUGCCGCAAUGCUGUAUGGCGGGAAUAAUAUGGCCAUGGGUGCUGGCUUGGGAGGACGUGGUGGUACGUAUGUGCCGCGCAAUAGCAAUGCAUCGCCACCGUCUCCACGACCGCCACCAACGGCAUCAACAACAGUGAAAGCAACAGCGCCAAUGUAUGCGGUUUCUGAAGAUGCAAGCGGUGAUGCAUGCGGCGACUCGGACGACAUGAGCAGCCUAGAUGGGUAUCCAAUAUCAUCAAAGUCGUCACGACGCGGUGUCGGCUCGAAGUUGAGCGCCGACUCUGCGUACGGGAGCCUCUCACGGCAGAGAUCCUCGGAGCUUUCGGUCACACCGCAACGCAGUGCAACGCGCAGUCGCCCCUCCACCAGCGCGUCGACCGCUACAAACACUACUCAUCUACCCAGCACAAUGCACGCCGAUGAGACUGCGCAGCGUCAACAUAAGCUACAGCAACAACAAUACCACUACCAACAACAGCAGCAGCCGCAGCAACAACAACAACUGCCACAACAAACGACACAAUUAUACAAAUACGCGCCAUUGAAGACGCGUCCGCGCCGCAUAAGCGGCUCAUCCAGCAGUGAUAACUCUGAUGAGGUGAAUUGCAACAUCAAAUAUAAGCAACAAUUGCAGCAACAACAACAACAACAGCAGCAGCAUGCCGGUAUUGGCAACAAAAACAGCGGAGGCAACAGCAACAACAACUAUAUAAGCAGUCACUAUGCGCAGCAACAGCAGCACAACAAUCUAGUGGGCAAUAGCAACAACAAUCACAACAACAACUAUGAGAGUUCCCUUAGCUCACCCACGACGAUGACGGCCGCCGCCUCAACUGCAGCCGCGACACCCGAUGAUUUGCCAGCGUCUACGGCCAAGGGCCAACAAUACAGUUCGAGCAGCUCGCUUUCGAGCACAAAUGCAGCAAUGAGCGCGAGUAUGAAAAUGUCCAAAUUUUGCCAUGAAUGUGGCGCUAAAUUUCUAGUCGAACAGGCUAAGUUUUGUAUGGAUUGUGGGGUUAGGCGUAUCGUACUUUAGGCGCUUAAGGGGUAGCGAGUAGUUGAGAAUAUUUUUUUCACUAAUUGGUCAUACACAUACUUACACAUACAUACUAGUGUACAUAUGCAAGUAACCAAUUUUCAGCAAAAGGAUAGAAAAAAUGUAAAAUCUUAAAAAUCAACCAAAAUAUAUAUAAAAUCGAAUUGAGGAAGAAACACCAAAAAGUAGCUACUAAAAAAUGUGAAAUAUAUAUAUUUCUUAUUAUUAGUCGCUAAUUCCAACAAUCAUCAUGCUUUUUUAAUGCUUCUCUCAUACGCUUCUGAUAUGCAUUAGAAAGUUGAUAUGAAGCUUGUAAAUCAUUAGCGAACAACAACAAAAUGUAAUCAACACAAACACAGCGGUAAUACUAAUUUAAUAUUGACUGAAACCAAGCAAUGUUAGAGAUCACAAAUAAAGCAAAUGAAGUUUACAAAAAAAAAUGGCAAAGCAAAAAUAUUUUUAUGGAAAAAAAUUUACUAAACAUUUUAGAAAAUAUGUAGUAAAAUGCACAAUAAAAGCCAAAAUGGAGUAAUUCACAAAUAAAUACGAGUGCAUACACACAUACGUACAUAUAUUGCGGUAGUGCGCCUGUAAGUAUGCUUAGUAACAAUGGAAACCAAAUUUUGUUUAGUCUGCACUUGUACUAAUUUAAUUGUAUACAAAGAAAUUAAAAAUAAUUUAAUACGUAAAAUAAUAUACACUUCAAAAUAAAAAAAGUACAGAUAUAAUUUAAUUUUUUUGAAAAAUGUUAAACGUAUUACAUAUAUUUAUACAGUUUUUGUUUUCAUUUUAUCCCAAGCCAACAAAAAGCAACAAAUUUACAUCUAUCUACAUUUAGGAAGUUUU